AUGAAAAGGGGAAAAACAGAAGUCAAAUAUUUGAUUGAUUUAUUGUAUAGCACAACUUUUAAAUUUGGAGUCAUGAGUUCCCACAGAUACAGUUACUCGCGACCGAUAGAAGAAGAGGAGUUUGAUGAUACAGAAUUGGAGACCCCUGUGAGGGGGUUGAACCCACUGGAUAUCAAACGAAGUCAACAAUAUACAAAUGGAAUAUAUCGAUCAUUCCGCGCUGUUCAGGUCGAUGUUCAAUCAACAUCAAACAAAGUAGACGGGUCGGGUUAUCCUAAAAGUCACGAAAACAAUGGCAAAAGUGGAGACGAUGCAUUGGAUUGUACCAUUGACAAUCUUCAUGAUGGACUGACAAUAAAAUCACCUCCGAGUUUGAAAUUUGAUAAAUCGGUCACACUAGAUGAUGGUAAACAUGAUAAGCAACGCAAAAAUGAUAGUCCAACCCCAAGAACAAGGAGCAAGCCUACCACAGUGGAUUUUAGUCCUAUAGAUUACUCGCCUGUCGCUUUCAAAGUAACCAAGCCGAAUACAGGAAGAAAGGAGGCAACGAAGACGAAGAGAAAGGAGCAAGUUUCAGAAACACCGAUACUGAAUAUUUACAUUGACAAUGAUGAUGUCAAGCAAUCAAUCUUGGAUAGGGUGAAUACAACAUUGGAGUCAUUGAAGAAGAAAACCCCGACUGACCAAGGUAAAAAUGCUUUUGAUGAGUUGAAUCCUCUGCCGGUGAAGCCACAAAUCCGUCAUGCUAAUAAAGAAAACACACAACCAAUGUACAACUAUGAAGUUGAGGAACCAGACUUUGUCCAUAUUUCCAGAAGGAACUCACGUGGACUAGAUGAUAAAGUUACACUGCAUGAAGAUGAGCUUCAUUUUGUCCCCAUGACACAUCAUGAUAAGACCCCAAACAAUGACACCAAGCUGAUAUCAUUACUUGAUGAAGUCACACUUGGAAAUUCAACACCAGUUUCUAAACCAAACAUACUGCGUGUUUCAAACGUAAACCGAGAGCACAAAUUGUACGAAGCAGAAGUUAGUCAUGCUAACGGUGCAUCAACUUUGUGGACAGCAAAACAAUGGCUGAAAUUGAUGAAGGUGGUGAAUCUGAAAGUUAUAUCACGCAACGAUGCUAUAAACAGUAAGCUAUUGAUGAAGGAGUUGGGAUGUCUUAGCAAGAUUGAUUUAGAAAGACGGUAUGAUUUUUUGAAACAUUACAAGACAAAGUGA